AUGACAAGCGACGCUGAUGGAGGCGAUGAUCCUAUCAAAAUAGAGAUUAGCAAAGACAACAAGUAUAAACGACUUUUCGAAAAAGGACUCGACACACUUUUAUCCAACCCAAACUUUCUGCUGCUCUAUGUGCCCAAAAAUGGAGCCAAGAUGCAAGUUAUACGACCUGCACGUGAUCCAUGCCAUCGAAGGCGCAUGAUUCGAAGGAUUAAUGAAGCGGAGGGCAUUCCAUCCUUUUACUACGCCUUGUCGCACCUUUGGGGGAUUACAGAAGACGAAUGGUACUACUGGAAUGAUAUCGGUGAAUACGUGGAUGACGAAGAUGGACAACCAGUAAAACCUGUUUCCAUGCGACCUGAGAAACGCGAUACUUUACUUGCAUUGCUCAGGGACCACCCUGAUAGUUAUUGGUGGAUCGAUGUCUUGUGUGCACGUACCGAUACGCCAUUGGAUAUUAUGGGCGAUAUCUAUUCUUGUUGCCUUGAAUGCAUUGCCAUGAUCGAUUGUGAACCUGGUUUAAUAUCACAACUUCAUCCAAUGGGGGUCUUUAAAAAGGAAGAUUUCAACACGCAUUAUUUAAAGAAUAUCGUAGCUGCCAUAAAAUGCUAUGAUCAAUGCUGCCAGCUCACCAAUAUCCUGUACACAUUGAUACAAAGUCGAUGGUGGAAACGUGUGUGGACAUGGCAAGAGAUGGCUUUACCUUUCGGAGAGGUACGCCUUAUGGCGGAAACAGGCACUCACAAACCUCUAAGCAACACGAUCACUGUGGAUGAAUUAGUGAGCAACUAUGGUGGCAUGUUAGCACUUGAGAGAUCUAUAAAGGACCCAUACGGGGAUGUGUUACUAUGGAGACGUAAAGAGGCGACAGCUCAGACUGAAAUGAUUGUAGGAGCUUGGUGCGAGGAAACAAUAGCUGCAAGAACAUACAACAAGGAUCGUCUCGAAGGUGGGAAGAUGUAUGGGAAAUUUUUGUACCUACUAUUGAGGACAUGGGGCAAGUGCCCUCGGCGUUGCAUGGACCCUGUUGAUUAUGUCUAUGGUGUGCUUGGGAUGCUCCAGAUUGAGAUACCAAGAAUGGACAACCCGGAUGCAGUAUGGAAGCUUUUCUUGUCUGAGAUGGAUAAACUUAUCGAUAGCCUUAGUAUGCCUCUUAGAAUCAGUGAUCAUGCAUACCAUGUUGAUUUACGGAAAGUUCAAGAUAUGACUGGUGUAUACAAUGAUCUGUUAGGAGUCCAUCGUCUAAGAUGGCUAACUAGACUUAUGAAAGCAUUGCAUCUAUCAAAGCCACGAAAGCAUUAA